AUGCUCCUCCCAACCCGCACGCACUUCCUCUCCUCUCUCCGUGCGCUGCAGCGGAAACUCCACAGCCACGCCGAAGCAAGCCUCAACUCGCGCAGCGAUCAUGACGGACCACCUACUCUACCCAGCCGUCUCCUCGACGUCUUCCUACGAACAUGGGAUCUAGGCUUCACGGCCUUUGGCGGCCCGCCCGUGCAUUUCCAGAUCCUGCAUAAGCGCUUCGUUGAGAAGGAGAAGUGGGUUGAUGAGCAGACGUACCAAGAACUCUUCGCCAUCUGCCAGGGCCUCCCUGGUCCCGCGAGCACAAAGAUGCUCUUUUGCCUUGCGCUGCUGCAUGCGGGGUUUAUCCCCGCUAUGCUUGUUUUUACGCUUUGGUGCCUCCCCGGCGCAAUCGGCAUGUACGCCCUGAGCCUCGGCGUCCAACGCAUCGACGAAACCCUUCCAAAACCCGUGUACGCGCUCCUCUCCGGGCUGAACGCCUCAACGGUGGGUAUCAUCGCGCUUGCGGCGGUACAGCUUGCCGAAAAGGCGAUCCGCGAUCGGAUUUCAAGGAUUUUGGUGAUUUUUGGCGCGUGUGCGGGACUCUGCUAUAGUGCGCUUUGGUAUUUUCCUGUUCUUAUGGUUGCUGGCGGGGCUGCUACGGCGGUGUGGGAUGGGUGGGGGUUUGGGGUUGUUCGGAGGGUUAAGAGGGCUUGGAGAGAAAGGCGGAUGAGGAGGAGGGCGGUGGCAGAGCAAGGGACAGAAGGGGAUGGGGCCGCGGCGGAUAUAGAGAUGGUAGAUGAGCCUGCGUCUGCGAAGGGUGUAUCCCAGGCGCAGACUCCGGCGCAGGGGAGUGACAGGUUGAGGAUGCGCAAGCCGGAUGUUGGGGCUGCGACGCUCCCGCAGACUUCGGCGGAUGGGUCGAACGACAGUGAGGCUGAACAGCCCCCGCAGGACCAUGUCAUCCGCGUUCGCGUCGGCGCAGCCAUCGUUGUCGUCUUUUUCGCCUCGUUUAUUGCAAUAAUGGUCACCCGCGCGCGCCUCCAAUCCCCACCUUUAACCCUCUCCCUCUUCGCAAACAUACCCGGCUGGGUCUCCUCUCGCGACUUCCUCCUCGGCCUCGCCAUCAUCCAAGCCUUCCCCGGGCCUAACUUCAACUUCGCCGUCUUCCUCGGCGCCCUCGCCCUGCGCACCACAUCCCACGCUACAAUCGUCGGCGCACUCCUCGGCGCCGUGGGCAUCUUCACCCCGGGCCUAUCCCUCGCUGUUGCAAUGCAGAGUUUCUGGCGCGUGUUACGGCGGAAGGCGUACGUUAUCAACUUUUUACGUGGUGUGAAUGCAGCCGCGGUUGGGUUGGUCUUCACGGCUGUUUACCGCCUGUGGGAGAUUGGGUACUUGACUCCGAGGGAAAGCGCCGGCGUUAGUUUGGCGCGGGAGCCCUGGUGGGUUGUCGUUGCUGCUGUGACGUAUGCAGAGGCCGCUUGGUUUAAAGUCCCCCCUGCCCUCGCGAUUAUGGUCGGUGCUGUGCUGGGGCUUUGUUGGUUUGGGGUUGUGAAGCCGGGCGGUGGUGCUUGGGAUGUUAGUGGUAUGGCCUAG